AUGGCUGCGUCUCAGCACACCUCGGCGCUGGUCGCCUGGGCCACCUCGCACGGCGCACGCCUCCACCCUUCAGUGCAAGUGUACCACGACGCGCAAACCGGCCUCUCGUUCCGCGUGAGUCCCGACGCCGAGACGGGCACCAAGCCCUUCGAGCCCAUAGUCAGCCUGCCGACCGCUGUCACGCUGUCGUACCUCAACGCCCUGCCUGGACGAGACAACCACACGCCGUUCCCCGCGAGCUUCCUGGAGCAAACCCCGCCGCACGUCGUCGGCCGCUUCGUGCUGGUUGCGCAGUUCCUCCUGGGCGACGAGUCCUUCUGGGCGCCGUAUAUCCGCGCUCUCCCGCAGCCGGACCACGUCGCCUCCUGGGCUCUGCCGCCGUUCUGGCCCGCGGAUGAAGCCGAGCUGCUGGACGGGACCAACGUCGAAGUCGGCGUUGGACAGACUCGCUCCAACGUCAAGCGCGAGUUCAAGGCUGCGCAGAAACUCCUCGCCGCGGACGCAUGGCAGCCGGGUCUGGCCUCUCAGCUGUCUCUACCGCUGUAUCAAUGGGCCUACAGCAUCUUCUCCAGCCGCAGCUUCCGCCCCAGUCUCGUCCUCUCGGCUGCGGACCGCGAGACGUUGCCUGCAGGUGUUGGCCUGGACGACUUUUCCGUGCUACUCCCGCUCUUUGACGUAGGGAACCACGACAUGACGGAGGAGGUCCGGUGGGAGCUUGACGAGGGCCGGGCGAGCUGCGAGCUGCGGGUGGCGAAGGCAUAUCAACCCGGCGAGCAAGUCUUCAACAACUACAGCAUGAAGACCAACGCCGAGCUGCUCCUGGGCUACGGCUUCAUGCUUCCAGAGACGGAAGCCCUACACAACGACUACGUACACGUGCGGAAGCGGCAGGCCGCCUCGGCUGCAGCCACCGAGGAGUACUACAUCUCGCUGCGGCCCAUCCGCCACGCCAGCUCGCUGCUCGCGCGCACGAAGCAGGCCGUCCAGCUCAGCGAGUCGGCCACUGUGCUCGGAGCCUUCCAGCACGUGCAGACCGACAUGGUAUGGGACAUCUUCUGCACGCUCGCGCCGCCCGAGCAACACCCGCAGCUCGUCCCCGUCGACGCGGGCCUACAGGGCGACGCGGCGGAGCAGGCUCGGCGAGACGCCUUCUUCGCCGGCAGGGUGAGCGAGCAGGGCACCAUGUACCUACAACAGACGGCGGCCAUCAUCCAGCACAAGGUGAUGCAGGAGCUGGAGCGGCUGGACGAGACGGACGUAGAGGUCGUGGGCGGCGGAGAUCUCACGCGCAACCAGCAGCUCGCGCUGGACUAUCGGGCGCGGUGCAGACGGGUACUGGAAAACACGCUGGAGGCCAUGGACGCAGACGGGCUGUUUGGACAGGAGGAGGAGGAGCAAUGA